GUUUUAUGGAGUAAAGAAUAGUGAAAGGUUUGUACGAAUGUGUUCCUAACCUACUGCGUUUCAAAUCCCUAUUAUAUUUUUCGUUCCUGGCUAGUGCAUGUACAUAUACAUGAGUGUAGAUAUCUAGCCUAGGGGUUAGUUAGCCUGCGUUCACUGCUGUUGGUCCAGUUUGCCGCGUCCGGCCGUGCCAAUACCACUAUUACAGUAUUAGUAUUACCACGUUUAGUUGUGACAACAAACAUUGUCUUUCCUCCGUAUGCAUUAUACUUUAUAGGAUCUUGAGUGCAGGACCGCUUCUCCUAGGUGUGUAUGUAUCUUGGAGGAUUCGGCGCCUCGUAAUACAACAACUAAGCAGAGUGCCACUGUCAGACUCAGAGUGGCAAUCGACGAUAUCGAUCGUUUGACAGUGACACACUCGCGCGAGCUGAAGAUUGAUGAAUGAGUGAGUAGCGUCUAGCGUUGUACUGUCUAGUGCAGAUCUACCUACAGCCACCGCAUCGUCGCCGCAUUCAGCUCCAACCCAGUCCAUCAAGCCCGCGACGUCGCCGGACCAGCAAACUGCAAACGAACGGACCGAGAAACACCUGAGGCUGUGGGAGGACGCGCACUCGCAGGCAGAAUGGCAACCAAUGCAGGCAAUGAAAAUGGCGGGCAACAUCUGGCAGCGUCGGGAAUCGGUCAGCAGCGCUUCGCCGGCAAGACCAUUGUGAUCACGGGCGCGGCAGGCGACAUAGGCUCGGCGGCGGCGCGGCGAUUUUUCGACGAAGGCUGCAACGUGGUGCUGGUCGACCUGGACGCGGCAAAGCCCAGACUGGAACGCCUCAGCACUGAACUCGCCGAGACGAACAAGGCUAGCCGCGUGACAAGCAGCAGCAGCAGCAGUAGUGAAAAGUCACGUGACACGCUUGUUGCUGUUGCCGAUGUACGUCGUCGUGCCGAGGUGGACGCGGUCUUUGAGCGGGCCUGGCAGCAAUUCGGAGGUGUUGACUUUGUCUUCAACAACGCCGGCAUCCAGGGCUACAUCGGACCUUCGGAUACGUACGACGAGGAUACGUUCCGGCAGGUGAUGGACGUCAACGUAGUGGGCGUCUUCAUCGUGAUGCAGGCUGCCGCGGCCGCCAUCAUCAAGCACCGGAAAGAAAGCGGCGGCCAGAAGUCGCAAUCGCAGUCGCAGGCGGUGAUAGUGAACACGUCUAGCCUGGCUGGUCUGCUAGGCCCGCCGAACAUGCUGGCCUACACCGCAUCCAAGCACGCUGUCAUCGGCAUGACGCGCACCGCGGCCAAGGACCUGGCGCGCCACGGCAUACGGGUGUGCGCCAUCGCGCCCGGCCUGCUCGAGGGCGCCAUGUGGAGCACGCAGACGCGCGGCCAGGCGGCGUGCGGCAAAGCAGCGGAUAGUGGCGUCCCGCUGUCGCAGGUCACGCUCGACGACGACGAGAUCACGGCGGUCGGCAGCCACAUGCUGGCCGGCACGGCGAUGAAGCGUCUGGGCACUCAGGACGAAGUGGCCGGUGUCCUCGCCUUCCUCUGUAGUUCUGAUGCUUCGUACUUGACUGGAAAUGUUAUCACCAUUGAUGGUGGAAGGUUUUGCUAGCCACCUCCUAUGGUCAUUUCCGAUAACUAGUACCUGAUUUACAGUCCUCAAAAGUAUAAUCUUCACACCUUCAAUGCCUGUUGCCCUGCACACUCCCAUCCUUUUCAUUUUGCUGACCCGUACAGUUCUAUCUUUUAUUUUCGGUGUGUGUUUUUGACCGUGAUGCGGAGACCUAAGGUCGGCCGAGCCAUCAAUGCCACGCCAUCACUGCUGCGGCUCGGUGCAGCCCCUACUCACUAGGUGUCACGUUUGUCCUAGUCUCAGUACCAUUGUCUUUCAUCAUUUUUUUUCGAGCUGGGUACGUGAACAAAGUAAAAAAGAAAAGAAAAACCCCACCAGAAAUG